AAGGGAAAGGAAAUCGGCUGAGCAACCAAGAGAGAUACUGGAAGCAUCUUCUUUCUGAAAGAAGCUACAAGGGAAACUGGUGGAGAAGUCCAAUAUACAACAUGAAGGACCGUACGCAUGAGCUUAGGAGUGGCAAGGACAAUGACGAACUUGACGAGGUGGCUGUCAGCCUGGACAAAAACCGCUUCAUGGACGAGUUCUUCGAGCAGGUGGAGGAGAUCCGCGGUUUCAUCGACUCCCUUGCCGAGAAGGUGGAGGAGGUGAAGCGGAAACACAGCGCUAUCCUUGCCGCGCCCAACCCGGACGAAAAAACGAAGGCGGAGCUAGAACAGCUGAUGACAGACAUCAAGAAACUGGCCAAUAAAGUCCGCUCCAAGUUAAAGAGUAUCGAGCAGUCUAUUGAGCAUGAGGAGGGCUUGAACAGGCCUUCUGCAGACCUGAGGAUACGCAAGACACAGCAUUCCACCCUGUCCCGUAAGUUUGUGGAGGUGAUGUCAGAGUACAACGCCACGCAGUCCGACUACAGGGAGCGGUGCAAGGGCAGGAUCCAACGGCAGCUGGAGAUCACCGGCAGGAACACGACCAACGAGGAGCUGGAGAGCAUGUUGGAGAGUGACAAUCCUGCCAUCUUCACUUCGGGGAUCAUCAUGGACUCCAACAUCACCCAGCAGGCCAUGAACGAGAUCGAGACCCGGCACACCGAGAUCAUCAAGCUGGAGAACAGCAUCCGCGAGCUGCACGACAUGUUCAUGGACAUGGCCAUGCUGGUGGAGAGCCAGGGCGAGAUGAUCGACCGCAUCGAGUACAACGUGGAGCACUCCGUGGACUACGUGGAGAGGGCAGUGUCCGACACCAAGAAGGCCGUUAAGUACCAAAGCAAAGCGAGGAGGAAGAAAAUCAUGAUCAUUAUAUGCUGUGUGGUUCUGGGAAUAGUAAUUGCAUCCACUGUUGGUGGAACUCUGGCUUAGAAUACAGCUCCAGCUGCAACGCACAUGCGCACACACACACACACACACACGCACGCGCACACACACAUACACACACACACACGCACACACACACACACGCACACACACACACACGCACACACGCACGCACGCACGCACACACAAGCGCACACACACACACAGUACAGUGCAGUAUACACACAUGCAUACAUGGACACACACAAAGACACAUUCUCACAUGCACACACCCAUAAACACAAUGCAUUCCUGCACAAAGCAUAUUUGCAUACCAAUGUUACAACAAGCAAGAGUGUCCAAGGGAGACAUAUUUCUUAUGCAUGAGUUCCUUUUUUUUCUGUAAAUGUGUGGUUCUGCGAUGUGUUUACCUGGGUGUUGAAUGUUAUAUGACAAAAGUUUUAAACUGUUUUUGAGGUCCAAUUUGAAAAAGGGGAGGGGUCAUUGGUAAUCUUGAAAACUGUUACUGUUGCACACACAUUCCAACUUGAAAGUUUUCUAAUUUUUUUUAAUGUCAAAAUAAAUAUCCUUUAUUUGCAGUACUAAUCAUUUCUUAAAUGAGUCAAGACAGGAGGGUGUGCUCUGUGCGCACUUUCGCAAAAUACAAACUCUACGGUAGUGAACCUGACGAGCGCUAGAUUCAUGUGUUGACUUCUGUAAACGAGAGUUUCGAUUAGCGCAAUCAAAACAUAUCAACAUACCUGGCUGCCCCAUUCUCACUCCUUGACGUGCAGUAUGUCUAGACGUAACGUUUGCAUGAUUUCUCGAGAUAUAACAUUGUUCAGUGGAACAAAAAAGUUGUGACAGAACUUGUAUUUUAAUCCUUGCUUUUUUGAAAAAUCAGCCCUAACUGCCACUUCAUAGAGGGGCUGUAUCUCACUCAGUAUUAACACGUCCAUCCCAAACCCACACCUGGCCACUGCUCAUUCCCACUAGCUCUUCACCAACUGCUUCUACCCAUUCUACCUUAUUUCAGAUUUUUUAAAGAUUGUAUGUAUUGUAUGUGUAUGUGUGUGUGUGUGUGUGUGUGUGUGUGUUUCUGUCGUCUCUCUGUCUGUGUCUGUAUCCAUGUUUGCGUGCCUGCACAUGAACAUCUUAUCAAACCACUGCCAAUUGUGUCUCUGCCGUGUUGAGAAAAAAGAAAUCUUGCUUCUCACCCAAGUAAUGACACAAGGGAAUUGCUUUGAUUCCCUGAAAGAUAUCACAGCCUAAAUAGGUAACUCCAAGCAGAAACUGCUACUGUAUGCUGUAGUUUUGUUUUGCCGAGAGCUGGUCACAUUGCUCUGUGAUGUUUUAUGUGAUUGUGCACAGUGAUGCACAUUUACACUUCUUUUCAGUUCGGUCUGUGUGUGGACAUACUCGACCAUUGCAAGCAGUGGCCUAAGCGACCACGCUAAUCAGCCGUCAGACUUUAAUACAUUCCAAAAACUUGCUGGGUUUGAAAAGAGAAAUAAACAAUACAAACAACAGCCAUGUUGCCUACUCAAGUCGUUGCCUCUUUGUUGUAUGAUGCUGCCAUUUUAUAUGUGAAGCUUAUCUGGAAACUCAUUCUUUUUUUUUCUUUUUUCUUUUUUAAAAGGUUAAGAAUAUUAUAUACCAGACAUGAUUAUGUACCACACAAGACAUGUACCAGAUGUGCCAUAUUCUGUAUAGGCUUUUUAACGUGGACCAGUACACUUUCCCUGGUCUUCCUAUCAUGAUGGUACAAUUGGCUCCAUUUUAGGUAUUGCUUGGACCUUAUUGGGGGCAGUGGGUCAGCCUGAGUCGGGGGAUCAGUCAGAGAAGUAUCAUCAAGGAGUUAAAGUGGUAUACAGAGUUAGGCUAGCUUGUGUGGAGGUCAAUGUACAUCCCAAAAACCCCCUGGAACUGGCCUGUGAACACUCUGAGGCUCCUCUCCCCGCCUCGCAUUCUACCGCCGGCCCCGGCGCCCUCCCUCCGAAGCGCACCACCUCUUCCUGAAUCAAAGCUACGCCACUAAUGCUGCACACUUCCUCACCGCAGAGCCGUGCAGCUGAACAAAAACAGAAAACCUUGCAUGUGCAGCCAACCUGGAGUGAAAUAGUGUUGUCCUCUUUCGUAACGUGCUGUGCGUUUAGGAGUGCGUGGUUUGUUUUUUAUUUUUUUAUUUAUUAAAAAAAAAUAUAUAUAUGAACACUCCCGUUUUAGUUUUCUGGUCCUUUUGUGGUUUGUUUCUUUCCCUUUUCUGUACCAAAGUAUUCUGGUGUGAAAACUAUGGAUGAGUGUUUUAUUUUUUUGUUGUUUGUUUUUUUGUAUGGGUUCAUGUUAAACGGUGUGCGUCGCUUCGUUUUAUUUGUGAAUUUGAAGCCGUCUUAGAAGUUGUGCUCCUCCUUACCGUACCAUUGCGUGCAUUUCCAGCUCCUCUCGAGUCUUAGGGAGCAGUAGGUUAACCAGUCCUGUGGCUCUGAGCAUAGCGGAGUAACAAGAGCCUGACUGUGUGUGCAAAUCAAAUGAUUACCCCCCCUCCCCAACUCCCUAUAGCAAUACACAGCUUGAGUACUGUACCUGUAUAGACAUGACCUGAAGAACCGACUUCUGUUGUACCCUGAGGCUUGCCAAAAGCCCAGACCUGGGAUUCUGUAUGAUGAUGGUAUGGGUAGGUGAUGAGGAGAAUUACUAAAAACAAAAUUGAGGCUUGAGGGGUCAGUUCAGUAGUGGUUGGAGGUUCUUGUGCUAUGCUUUCAGCAUUCGAUAAAAACAAAAAGUAUAAAUAAUAAGUAAAUAAUUGCUUGGGGCUGGGCUGCUGAAGAGACAUUUCCCCCUUUCCAAUUGUUUCGUUAUAGAAAGGUAAUAGACCCCUGAUAAUGUGAAAGUCAAAAUAAAGUGAUCUGACAGAUUUAUAUAGCCCUAUUUAACGGUGGUGUUUCUGUCAGGGCAUUUAUAGGCAUACAAAAUUAUGCUGGCCCUGUUUCUGCACCUGCCAAUUUAUCCCAAAAUUGCAACUGUUCUAAUUUCUCAGUUAAAUAUGGUGAAAUAAUACAUGGGAAGUAAAGUUUGCUGCUCCAAAGGUGACAGAAAGCUACCGUAUCAAUCCUCCUAGCCAGUUGCUUCUGGAAAUAAACAAGUAUAGUGGCAGAAACUAAUAUUGCUUCAUGCCAUUUCCACGCUGUUCAUCUUUGGCAGUGUCAAACUGAGUAACAGGAAUUUAGACUUUUAGCUCAUACAUGAGAAGACACGCCAGGAAAACCCAGAUCCUGGAAACCAGCACUCCUGGUUUGAGACCCAUAAUAAAUACAAACUCAGACUUUAUUUGAGUACAGACCUCAAUUCCCUGCCACAGAUUGUGUAGUUCUUUGAAGUAGGACUGAGUCUUAAACGUGUGGCAUUAGCCUGUAGUUUGUCUGGCAGAUUAUAUCAUACUGUACACUGUAGAUGUACCGGGGGUGGCGUUCGGAUGCGUAACAUUUAAACAAUAUUUUAACAUCUGGAAUUUCGACAGUCCAUUCUAAACAGGGAUUGAUUUCAUACAGAACAGCCCACCACACUGCUACACUUGCUACACUUAAAAUAAUGAGAAAUAUGUAUGUGACAAAAUAUUAUACCAAGGACAAAGCAGUUUGACUGAAAUGGGGAUCAAGUAUGAAUAAUGAGUGGUGCUAUAUUUAUUUACAAGGAUUUUAGCUGGCUUUUUACCUGUCCUUCUUCCUGUACUAAGUAACCGUCUCUGUGCAAAAAACUAGUGCCCCAUUUAUUCUUCCAGUUUUUUUAUUUUUAUUUUUUGCUAUGUAGGUUAACAUAGUAUAUAAUAUAUGACUAUUAAUACAAGCCUUUGUGUAAUAUGUUUUAUGUAACAUCACUUUGGGUGAAUGAGGCCAUGAUGCCAUGGUUUGAUCAGUGUCUGCACCGUUUGGAUCUAAAUGACCAACGACAUUUUGGUCAGACCCAAAAAAGCCUGUUCCCAUGGGUAAAUCUCGCUAGUUUUCGUUCCCUGGCCCAACUAUUGUGUUUUAUUCUGUGUUACCCCAAACCAAAGAUACGCCAGAGCCCUAUUAGAUAAAAACAGUUAUGUACACCACACACAUUUGUACAGGUUGUGUAGCGCAAUUCUUCAAAGCUGUGAGCUUUCACUUAAGUCUUCUUUUCCACUUAACAAUGGCAAAGUAACUGCCCUAGAUCGGGAGGAAAUUGCAUUUCCAUGUCCCAUGCGAUGUGUGUGUAAAUACAUUUUUGUGUUCUAACAUACUGUAGGAAGUGCCAAACCACUACAGUUCAUACUUAAUUUUAAAGAAUAUUAUAAUUCAAUAGUUUUUGGGCGAUUACAGUGUAUAACUUUGUUAUUCUGAUUUUUAUUUUUAAUAAUGGCUGAGUAUUACAGUUUCAAAAAGCUUAUGCAAUUUUAAACGGUAAAAAAUGUCUGUUAAAAAAAACUGAAAUGUUGUUGAAAAUAAAUAAAAUUGUAAAGACGCA